AUGGCCACGAAAGUUGCACAUAAAAGAUAUGUCGGAGGCCUCGAGGCUCCUAGAAACAGCUUGGAACUACAAAUGGAGACAUCAUAUGACUUGUACUCUGCGAGAGACAAUAUACUGUAUACUCCAUAUGACAUGGGAAAUGAGUCAUUUGGUACUGAUUACCAUUUGACUGAGGCUUCGAUCAAGAAGCUGAUGAGUAGAGAGAUUUCUGAAAAAGACCACACCCGACAGAAUGUGCCAAGCGUAGUGGCUCGGCUUAUGGGGGUUGAUGUGUUGCCUUUUGACUCAAAAUCAGCAGCACGAGUAAUUGAUACAAAGAACGUGAAUCCUACAAUCAAGUCGAUGGACAAGAAGACAGCAAGAAAGGGCUUGUCAACUUGCUCCCAGCAGCCGGAGGUUAGUUCUAUUGGGCAUUACGGUGACACAGAUCAUGUCAAGUUAAGCAAGCCCAAACGUCGACAACAUCCUCAAGAAGAGGAACUGCAGAAAUUUAAGAAAGAGUUUGAGGCAUGGCAAGCUGCACGCUUUAAAGAAUGCACUAAAUGUGUUAAUGUUAGUAGUGAUCCAUCAGAGUUAAUCGCACAAGAAGACCUCAACAGAGAAAAGAUGCUUAUUUAUAGUAAUUCCAAGAGAACCACAAAUGAACCUAAGUAUAUGAAUGCGAAAAUUGUAGAUCCCUAUUCGAAUACAUUAUCAAGAGCAGACUGUAAGGAUUCUAAACUGAUUGACGUUGUUUCUGGACCCACUAAGAUUGUAAUCUUGAGACCUGGCCCUCCUGAAAGGAUCGAUACCGUGAGUGACACUUCGUGGAGCACCUCAGAAGAUGAGAGAGGUGGUGGUAUAAAAGAUUUUCUUGAAGAAGUGAAGGAAAGGCUCAAGUUAGAGCUGCAAGGUAGAUGUCCUAAGAAGAGCACGUCUAUAAGAGGUGGAGGAAUUGAGACCCCUUAUUGGGAAAGACCAUCAGAAGCACAACCAAUUAUAGCACGAAAUGGGGCGAGUUGUUUACUUCGAUCUGAGUCUACAAGAUCAUUUAUGAGUGAAAGGUUCCAGUUUAUGAAUGGUACAGCAGUGAGACUGAAAAAUGAUAUGGAAGCAGAAACAAACCGGGGAGUUGCUGUCCGUGAUAGUCUUUCACGACUUUCUAUAUCAAAUUAUGGUGGGAAAGCAGUGCAUGCUUCGAUUAAUGACAGAAAUGGCUGUUUUAUAAAUAAAUUCGAAAAAGAAAGUGGGUCUUUCAGAAUGGGGCCUAAUAUGCACGAUAAUGAUCUGUCUCCUCGGAACCUCAUCAGAUCUUUGUCUGCUCCAGUGACGGGAACAUCAUUUGGGAAGCUCCUUUUAGAGGAUCGCCAUGUAUUCACCAGGGCCCAAAUUAGGAGGAAGCACGAAGUCUCCUUGAAUAUUAAGAAACAGAAAAAGGACAAGUUCAACAUAAGGGAGAGGGUUUCAAGCCUUAGAUACAGCUUGACUCUCAGGCAUAGGCUUUCAUUUCGAAGAAGAGUUAAGUCCGCGGAGGGAUCGGCUGAUCAAAGUAAAAGCAACCUCUUUAAAGAUAUCACAAGCGGGUCAAGAGUUGUGACGAGUUUCUGUGAAAGGGAAACACAGGAGAAUUCCACUGAAGUGCCUCCAAGCCCUGCAUCUGUGUGCAGUAGUGUUCAGGAAGAAUUCUGGAGGCAAGUUGAUUAUCCAAGUCCAAUAUCAUCAUCAGCAACUGGGCAUCAACUGGAGGAUAGCGAGAUGUCCCAUGUUUUUAGUGAAAUAAACUCAAAUUUGAAUGAGCUGCGGAGGAAAUUAGAUGAAUUCAAUGGAUCCUUUUCGGAGGAAAGUAUGAAAGAAGAGCAGGUUAGUGAAGGGGAAGCAGACAUAGAGGACCAAACCGAAGCUUACAUUAGAGAAUUGCUUAUUGCAGCCGGCUUAUAUGGUGGCGUCAGAUUGAGUAAAAAAUCCUUGUCAAAUUGGGAUCCGCUGGGUAAGGUGAUUAGCAGUAGGGUGUUUGAAGAAGUGGAAGAGGCUUAUGAGGAAAGGUACAGGUGUCAAGAAAACCACAAGCUCAUACUUGAUCUGUUGAAUGAAAUACUUCCGACUUUGCUUCGAGAACCACCCAUGUACAUGCCACGUGUUAGUUUACCAAAUAACUGGCCUGUGCAAAAGCUGUCUCCAUCUGGAGGUGGAAAGAAGUUACUUUCUCAUGUGUGGAGUAUUAUUCGGGAUCACAUAUACCCUCCGGCUGAUACAUCCUUUUACGCUCUCGAUAAUGUGUUGGCCCGCGAUUUUAGUUCAACCUUGUGGUCCAAGUUCAUGGAUGAUGAUGUGAAUGCUCUUGGACGAGAUAUCGAAAGCCAGAUCAUUGGAGAUUUGAUUUAUGAAAUGGUCGAGGAUAUUAUGACAAUCUCAAGUUGA